GGUUCCGGCGGCAGCAUGGCGGGCGGCGUGGAGCUGGGCUUCGCGUCCGCGGCGGGCGCGGACGAGGCCUGGCGGCUGCGCAGCGCUCAUUUCCCCAGCAAGAUCGGGGGGCGGCCGGCGUGGCUGGGCGAGGCCGGGCUGCCGGGCCCCGCCGCCCUGCGCUGCGGCCGCUGCCAGCGGCCCUGCGCCUUCCUGCUGCAGGUGUACGCGCCGCUGCCCGACCGCCCCGAUGCCUUCCAUCGCACCCUCUUCGUCUUCGCCUGCCGCGACGCCGCCUGCUACCGUCUGCCGGGCCCGCAGGGGCCCCUCCGCGUGUUCCGGAACCAGCUGCCGCGGCGGAACGACACCUACCCCGAGGAGCCGCCCUCCGAGGAGCCGCCGCCGGACCCCGCCGCCGCCGCCGCGCCCCCUCUCCGGCUCCGCGGCGGCGCCGCUCUGUGCCGCGUCUGCGGCUGCCCGGGGCCCCGCGCCUGCGGCCGCUGCCGCCGCGCCGCCUACUGCGGCCCCGAGCACCAGGCGCUGGACUGGCGGCGGGGGCAUCGCCGGGCCUGCGAGCGCUGCGCCGCCGGAGAUGAAUCAGCAGAUGCAAUUCCAGAGCACAAUGAAUUCCUUUUUCCAGAAUAUGAAAUCUUGAUAGAGCCUGAGGAACCAGAAUCUCCUGCUGACAGCAGCGUUGAUCCCAAUGGUGAAAAAGGAGCUGCAGACAGAUCAAAGGACCUGAAAGAACAAGAGGAACUCCGAGCUACAGGCAAUGCAGGUGAAGCAUUUCAGUCCUUAGAUGAAGAGACAUUGGAAGCAAUGGCGAAACACGAGACGGAAGAAGACAAGAUCUUCCAGAUGUUUAAAGAACGAGUAGCUGCAGAACCAGAGCAGGUUAUUAGGUACUGCAGAGGAGGAGAAGGCCCAGUCUGGGUAUCAGGUGAAAAUAUUCCUGAAGAAAAAGAUAUCCCACAUUGUUCAUGUGGUGCCAAAAGGAUUUUUGAAUUCCAGAUUAUGCCACAGCUCCUGAACCACCUUAAGGUUGACAGCCUUGGAGAGAGCAUUGACUGGGGAACGCUGGUGGUGUACACUUGUGCUGACAACUGUGGUGAGGGAAACAAGUACCUGGAAGAGUUCAUAUGGAAACAAGACUUCUCUGCGGGCUCCAAUUCACUUCCACCAGGUUACUAAAUUACCUAAAUGGAAUACUUGCCUUGUUUCAGGGCAUCUCUGCACUGUGCAAACAGGCAGAUGGAACUAAACUCACUGAUACCUGGGCAUCUUGUGACAAUGACAGAACUACAAAAGCAGACCUUGACAGCCUCUCUCUUGUGCUCCACUGGAGCCUUUACUUCAACGUGGUAGUGAAGACAGAUCCAUCUCUUCAGUGGAUUUCACAUAAUAAAUAAAGACAAAAUAUUUUUGGUUUGGGAAAA